AUGCAACUACUGGACAAGAAGUGUGAGAAGAUGCCUCAUAGAGAAGCUCCUACCUUUCCUUUCCCACCUCGAAUGAUGGAAGUCAUCGACAUGGUUGAACACAACCAUCUGGAAAACUACGCGAAUGCCCCAGAAGACACCAACGACUACAUAUUCCUCCUAUUCCGUUUGAUCGUCAUCAUCAUUCUCUUCUUCAUUGGAAAACUGCGUAUCGAUUGGGCUGCCUACUAA